UCGACUUGUCAUUGAAGACGAAUUGACUAAUGACAAGAAAAUUAUAACAGUAGCACGAUGCAAUCCGUAGACUCGAUACUGUUCCUCUUUGUAAUAUUAGCGGUGAUUAGCGGCAUAAAUGCAUACGACGAUUGCAGUUACGUUACUUGUGGAAUAAAUCAAAAAUGUAAAAUGUAUAAUAAUAAUCCGAUGUGCUGGUGUAAAGAUGGAUACAAAAUAGAUUCAUAUACGAAAUUGUGUGUAAAAGAUCAAACAGACGGUUGCGAUGGUGUUAUUUGCGGAACUAACGAAAAGUGUAAAAUAUAUAAUAAUAAUCCUACAUGCUGGUGUAAACAAGGAUACAAAAGAGAUCCAUAUAUGGCGUGUGUGAAAGACAAACCAUCCGGUUGCAAUGAUAUUAUUUGCGGUACUAACGAAGAAUGUAAAAUAUAUAAUAAUAAUCCGACAUGCUGGUGCGAAGAAGGAUAUAAAAGAAACCCAUAUAUGGCGUGUGUGAAAGACAAAAUGGAUGGUUGCAAUGGUAUUACUUGCGGAACUAAUGAAGAAUGUAAAAUGUCCGAUAAUCAUCCGACAUGUACAUGUGAAGCUGGAUACACGAGAAACCCACGUACGGCAGAAUGUAUGCCAGGCAAACUUUCUUUCCAGGAACAAUUAUUGAAAUGGAUCGGUCACGUCAUUAUGUAGAUAGCCGUAAUAACCAUUUGCGAUGACGGCUUUUGUUAUACUAAGCACGAAAACGGUUCAUUCGUGUGUCCUUAACAAUCUAAAAUAUCACAAGUUGAAAUGCACGAACAGAAUACGCACUCCGUUACGAAGACUAGUAUUAGAGAUUCUGGUGCUGGUUUGCCGAUUCAUGCCACAUUUACGAAGCAGCUUACGUUACCAGUUCACGUAAUUCAGAGAACAAUCCUCACUGUUCUACAUGUGACAGAGUGCGUGACGUUAAAUUAUAAAAAGCUCGCUAUAUACAUGCGAAUUAUGCCAAUGUUAUUAACAUAACAUGACGUUUUUCUUAGGAAAUAAAGAUUUAACUCUUCAUUAUAAAAAAAAUGUUACUUAAAUAAUAUCGUAAAUUAAUAUAAAAAUAAAAAAUAUUUAGGCGAGGAAA